UCAAAGAAGAAAAGCCCCCCUCCUUAGCAGCUUUGUUAUUUGUUAUUAACCUCCAGCCGGGGUCACCCAGAUUAUUUUACCACACGUCUUUAUGAAAAUGUCUCCGCUGCUGCUCAGGGCCUUCGUGAACGAGCGGCUCACGGCCGUGGUCGCAGAAAUCUUAGAGGUUUUCGAAGGGGCGAUCGCCAAAUACGAAGAAGAAGCGUCCAACUCCAAGCAGGAGAUCGAUCGGCUGCGAUGUUUGCUGCUGGAGCUGCAGAGCCAGAGGACAGACUUUCCUCAGCCCUCUGCCUGUAAAGACAAAACUCCUUGUGAGCAGGAGUGCAGGCUCCAUCAGGGAAAUCAGUGGAAUCCAGAGCUUCUUCACAUUAAAGAGGAAGACCAUGAACUCUGGGCUGCUGAUCAGGAGGAGCAAAAACGGACCGGAAUGGAUGGGGAAAAUCUCCCUCAUGCAGCUGUCGGGGAGGAGCGGGAGCAGGAAGAUAGAAAACCACCUGGGCAACGUUGGACUCAAAGCUCCGAACCAGAUGAGUUUCAGGAGAUCCAGGAAGCAAAACCAGCAGAGGUCAAACCACCUCUUCUCUCAAUUCCGCCAUUACAAGAUGAAGCUGCUGCCAUUUUUACACCUGAUCAAACAGAACAGGGCCAAUCUAGUUUUGUCAUCUCUAGAGAAUCCACAGAUUCAUCUCACCUGAACUCACCUGCAGCUGACUACCAAUGCUCUUUGUGUGCCGAGUCCUUUCCCUCCAGUCACCUCCUGAUGAACCACACUUUCCAAACCCAUUCGAGGGUCGUCGGCGUCCUGUGCGCCGUGUGCGGAGGAACCUUCGAGUCUGCCGAGAGCCUCGACGCGCACCUCAGAUCUCACGAGAACUCAAAGUGCUGCCCCGUGUGUGGAAAGCUCUUCAAAAGCACGACUUCUCUGAAGGAGCACAUGGCCGGCCACGCCGGGGUGAAACUGCAUCGCUGCAACGUCUGCGGCAAAGAGUGCAGACGCAAGGGAGAUCUGAAGAUCCACAUGAGGAUCCACACGGGCGAGAAGCCCUUCUGCUGCUCGCUGUGCUGUAAGAGUUUCACCCACAGCGGGCAUCUGAAGAAGCACAUCAGAAGCCACACGGGAGAGAGACCGUACAGGUGUGACGUCUGUGGGAAGGGCUUCCUGCAAAGUGCGCACCUGAAAUCCCAUUUGGGUACCCACGCUCAGAAAAAAUGACGGGCUCGUUUUUUAUUAAGAAGAUUACUUUGAAGAAGCAUCUUAGUGACAAUUUUAGGAUAUUUUUUACAAUCAUAAUCAAAGACAAUAUUUAUAUUUAAUGUGCUGUGUUUUUUUUUAAGGAAGUUGCUCAAAGAUGUGUUUAUUUUUUUCUGUUUUUAUAACAGUUUUUUAUAUUUAUUUUAAUCCACAAAAAAAACUACAAAGGAAAAAGUUUAAUAAAUUCCUUUAUUAAUAAGUCAUUAGAAGAGAUUGUUAUAUAUAACCACAGGUCACAAAAGACAUGAAAAGUGCUGAGCAAAACCAAUAAAGACCUUAUUUUUUAUUAUUAUUUAACAAGCCACUUGUAGGCUGUUGGAAGAACUCUGCAUGAUAUGAUUUUUUUUUUUUUUUUGUAAGAAUGCAUUAGGAAGUACUAUGAUGCCAAAAAAAGUUUACAAAAAAAUAUGGAUUCAAACAAGUUGGAAAAAAUUCAAUAUAUAAUAAUAAGUUGUUGAAGAAAACAAAUAUGGACACAUACAGGCUGACAGGAGUCAAAGUGAGGUUAGAGAUUUGGAGUUUAUCUCCCAUUAAAACACAUUUCUAUAAAAAGUCAUACGGUGCUGUGAAAAAGUAGUUUCCCCCCUUGCAGAUUUCUUUUGUUUAUGAUUUUACUAUCAGGCCUCAGAUCAUCAAACAAAUUUUUUAUCACACAAAGAAAUAACCUGAGUAAAUGCAAACUGUUGUUUCCAAAUGAUGAUUUCAUUUAUUAAGGGAAGACGGUUGUACAAUCCAACCUGGGCCCUAUGUUAAAUUGUUUAUUAAACCCCUAAACCUAACCUUUCUUCCUUUGUGGCAACUAUCAAUGAGUGCUUUAGAUUGUUGUGUGGGAAUUUAGGUCCACUUUACUUUGCAGAAUUGUUUUAAUUCAGCCAUUUUGGAGGGUUUUAGCAUGAGCAACUUGUUCGAGGUCAUGUCACAGUAUUUGAAUUUGAGUCCAGCCUUUGACUAGGCAUCUCCAUUUAUUUUUCAUUGUUUGGAGCCCUUUAGUGGUGGACUGGUGUGCUUCAGAUCAUUGUCCUUCUUAACCCAGGCUUUAAUGAGCUUAAGAUCACGAGCUGGUGACCCGGGAUAUUCUCCUUUGGUUUCAGGGCAGAAUUCAUAGUUGUACCAGUUACGGCAAGCCGUCUAGGUCCUAAAGAAGAGAAGCAGCCCCAGACCAUCAGACUACCAGGACCAUGUUUAACUGUUGGUGUGACAUUCCUUUUCUGAAAUGCGGUGCUAGUUUUAGGCAGGAUGCACACCUUCCAAAAAGUUCCUCUUUUAUCUCAUUGGUCUACAGAAUAUUUUUGGUCAGCAGUGGAUUUCACCUUCGAGCUCUCAGGUUGAUGCUGUUUCUGUCUAGUCUAAAUCAUAUUGAAUCAUAAACACCGAUCUUAACUGAGGCCUGAGGUGCUUUAGCCUACUUCAUGUUGUCAGAAAGGUUCUAUUCAAGUAGUUUCUUGAUUGUAUGUGUCUGGAAGUAAUCAGGCCUGCAUGGGUUUUGUGAAAAUGAAGUGAACUCAGCUUUCCAGGCCAUGUGGUUAAUCCCAUUAAAUCUAUGAUUUAACAUGAGGGGUGAAUACUUUUUCAUACAGGACCACAUUUGGUUUGGAAACCUUUUUUUCUUCUAAUAAAUGAAAUCGUCAUUUGAAAACCGGAAUUUUGUGUUUACUCAGGUAAUCUUUUGCCUGAAAUUCAAAUGUGUUUGAUGAUCUGAAACAUCUAAAGGUGACAACUACAAAUACAAAUCAUUUUUUACAGCACUGUAUUUGGUGACUGCCAAAAUGUUUUAUGUUUCAGACAAACAACAUUUGUCUAAAGUUUAAAUAUUUAAUAUUUUAAUAUAUAGAAAACGAGAAGCGGUUUUAUUGUAUUUUGCAUCUGUGCAAGUACAAAUUCUAAUUUUCGGCAGUUUGAUUAUUUUGGGUUUUAACUAAUCUGUACUGUCUUCCUUUUUACUUCUGACAUGUCCUCUUUUCUGGUACAGUUUUGAGGAAAAACAAAAAUAAACAGUUUUUGUUAUUAUU